CCUCUUGAUCCGGAGGUUAUUCCCACUUCUGAUUCCCCUUCGUGCUCCAACUGUUUCGUUCUACCUUUUUAAACCCGUCCUUCGUCUCGCUCGCGCGCCUACCUGGGCCCGUCAGCGUGGCACGCUUCUGGCCUUAACCAGGACGUACAGCGCGGCAGCUUCAGCCAUUGUCCCCCUGCCCAACAUGAAGACCCCUUUUGUCGUCCUCGUUCAUGUCGGCAUCCUGCAGACAUGCCUCGCCAAGUGCUACUACCCAGGCGGUUUUGAAUCCACCGACAUUCCCUGCGAUCCGGACGCCGAAGUCAGUGCUUGCUGCGCCAAUGGAGAUUCGAAGGUCGCGAAUGCGUGCUUGUCCAACAAGCUCUGCAUAAUGCCGGCCGGCACCAUCGCCCGAGGAGGAUGUACGGAUCCGACAUUUACGUCUCCCGACUGCCCCAGAUACUGCAUGAAUGUGGAGGGCAAAGGGUGGAAUCUGGUCUCGUGCUCCAAUGUCACCCAAAAGGAGACAUCCUUUUGUUGUGAUCAAAAAGCCGGUUGCUGCGACAGUGGCCUCGGCCGGUUGGAGAUCGAGCCGUCAAAGCCAAUAUUUACAUGGGCCGUGUACGACAAGUCAAAGAGCGCAUAUGUCGUGCUCAAUCCGCUCUCAACCACCACGUCUUCGUCAAUAAGCUCCUCGACCAGUUUCUCAACAGGUGCUGCUAGCGGUAGUACCAGUGCGAGUGACGCCACCACUUCGAGUGGCACGAGCGCGUCCACGAUAAGCUACGCAUCCCAAGCGACGACUGGGCCCUCUCCAUCGAGCACGGGAAGUCGAGCGCCCGCAGAAACCGGGCAGUCCUCAGCCGCACAAACCGAACAAUCUUCGGGGUUGUCCACGGGUGCCCAGGCUGGUAUCGGGGUAGGCGCCGCGGUCGGCGCUUUGCUGGUCUUAGCCGUGGCAUAUCUGUGGUGGAAGUUGAAAAAGACGCAGGAAGUUAUCGCAGCAACGGCAGCAGGUCGACAUGGCUGGCACAACUCAUACCCUCCCCCACCGCCAGCGCCUUCCUACUAUCCCCAAGACAUCUCGAUGAAGCACGAGCUACAAGGAGACCGGGAGACACACGAGUUGCAAGGUCAGAGCUAUUAUCCCAACGGCGAUCCCAGGAAUACCGAGCUAUCCACUCAGGGUUCAUAUCCGGCAGUCAACUCCCCGGUAACGACAUUCCACGGAGUCAGUCGGUGACAAAGUUGGGGGGACUGUGUAUGCUUCGGUAACUUUAACUUGGUUGCAUGUAUAUUGCAAGUUUCAGGCUUAGUUACUAAUUACCUGUGGACUUAUUCCAUGCUGUACAUGUAAUCAUGCCUUAUUCCCAUGCCAACCGGAUAUAUUACCUGAGAAAGGGCACCUCUUCACUAAAUAGAGUCUGCCGGAAUGG